CUGGCUUUUCUUUUAUACAAUUUGGCUUGAACUGCAUGUGUGCAAUAAUGUAUUAUUUCAUUGUUCAAACUCAGUAUUUUACAGGAUAGAUUUUUGAGGCAUUUGUUUAGUAGUAAUUAUAAAAACAAAAUAGAUUUUGAUUUUAAUUUUUCAUGUUUAUUCACAUUUUGAUUCUUUGGAGAUAUCUCCAACAGUAGAGUCCUUUUGGAGAGAUGUUACCAUAUCUCCAAAAGGAAAUGUAUCUGAAAUGGGUGAACACUUAAUAAAGUGUCCUCUGUCUCUUCAGAUUAAUCAGCUAUACUGUUUAAAUGGUUGACAGUAAUGUACAAUAUAAUUUACAUUGUUUCAGGACAAGUGGACUAAAUAUAGUCCUGAAGAGGGGGACAUUCCUUCAGAAUAAUGAGCUUCCAGUAAAUAUUGUUCCAAAUUAGCUGCAUUAAAAUGUUCUUGUGGUUGAUUCUCCUCUGUUGUCAGAAGAUUUAUAGGAAAACAACAGUUAAGUUAUCGUAUAAUUAUGCUGAAUGCGAAUACAGUAUAUCACUCAAGACUGACUUGCUAUGUGGCACAAUUUGCUGUACACACACACACACACACACACACACACACACACACACACACACACCCUCACAAACUCCUUCUAUUUCAGGGUCAGCGCACAUAACUGUAACCCAGAUGUUCAUUAGCAUGUAGUGUUAUAGUAGUAAGGUUAGUAUGUUUGGGAUUUUGCAAAAAUAAUCUUAUGUGGCUGGAUAAUGUAAAUCUAUUGUUUUUUUUUGUUUUGUUUUUCAAUUUGAUAGUCUAUACACAAUUAUCAUUCAAUCCAUUUGUGCUUGCAGUGUGUCUUAGACCUGAGCUGGCUGCCAGCAUUGAUAUGGACGGGAUCCAGAGGUACUUUAGACCCGGUGCGGAGUUAGUGCUGUCCUGUAAACAGGGAUACACCCCUGUGUCGGGCCCUCGGAGGAUUGUUUGCAGUGCAAAUGGACAAUGGACAAAAACCAGAUUAAUGUGCAUACCAAAGCUGUGUCCCUAUCCUGAUCCGUUGUCUAAUGGAGAAUUGUACUAUGAGGAUACUGUGUACCAGAGUACAAUCAACUACACUUGUCACGAAGGGUAUGUCUUAAGUGGAGCCAGCACUGCUGUGUGCCAAGCCAACGGAACAUGGAGCACAGCAGUACCAGAGUGCAAGCCUGUGUCCUGCAGUCUUGCUCCGAUCCCAAAGUUUGGGAUGAUAACUUAUGACAAGAGGAUCAGGGGGAACACCACUGAUUUCGGCGUCACAGGGACGUACAAGUGCCUACCUCCGUACGUACUUAUUGGCAAUGCAAGAGCAGAGUGCACUGCCAGUGGCACCUGGACCAAGACACCUGAAUGUCAAGUGGUGACAUGCCCUCCACCGGAGAAGAUUGACAAGGGCUACAUGUCAAGCCAAGACCAGAGAGAUUACGACUACAUGGAAACAGUCAGAUAUGGGUGUCUUGGAGACUAUGUACUGGAAGGAAGCCUGCAGAUUGUUUGUCAGCAGAAUGGGAAUUGGUCUGAAAAGCCAUCCUGCAAGGCUCCUUGCAGUGUUGGCAUACAGAGAGGAAGGAUAUUAUACAAAGGACGAAAACUCUGGAUCAAAGACCUCAAGCCUAACACAGUCUUACACAAAGACAUUGUCUCACUCUAUUGCAUGAACAAGGCCAGGAAUUGUGGUUAUGCAGUGCCAGCCCAGUGCAUCGAUGGAAGACUCAUAAUACCUGAAUGCUUUGAACAGCCCGGCACUCUUGAUUAUAACUUCCAUUCAAGUUCGCUCCCGUCAGAAAUUGAACAGUGCUGAAAGAGCAGCAGAUCCCUUCUCUGAUGACUACUAAGCCACUCUAAUAUGGAAUAGAUGUUAGUGUGUUCUGGUUUCUAAAAGUAAAGCAUAUGUUCUAACUCAAGCUGUCUUUGUGAUUUAUGUAACACAGUUCCCACUAAAUUUAACAUUUCAGACAUGAUUUUUGUUUGACUCAGUCCUGAUUAACAAAGUGUGUUAUUCUGCUACUUCACCUUUCAAAAUGUAUAUAUGAAGAGUUUACAUGGGCUACUAUGGUCUCUCACACUUAUUUCUCUUAAUUCUCUUGUCUUGUCCUGCACCAAACAGAAGAUACCAUGAGCUGACAGCACAGAAGUCAUCCGCCUGCCAACCACUUGUGCUAGGCCCUGUGAUAACAAUCAAAGUCUCCUCCAUACUGACUUUAGCAAAAAGUGAAGAGGUCCAUUGUGGGUCACCCUGUGCUAGGAAACAUGAGUUGUUUUUUUUUCAAGCUUACAAUGUUAUAUCUUGAUCUACAUUACUAUGUAUUAAUGUUGACACUAAUCAACACCUAUGACACACUCACAAAAAGAAUGUAACAUAAUGACCUUCAUAAACAGGAAUAUUGUAAAUGUAAUUUGUGAACAGCUAUGUAUCGUUAAGACCAAUACCCAAUAUCACAAGCCUGGAAACUCUCUGCAAUAUAGCAGUUUUUAGCAAUGGUAGCAACUCAAGGGACAGCAAUGUCUCUAUUUCGGUUUGUCUAUGAAGGAGGUGCUGCACUUUAUUGAGUAUACAACUUAAAGAAUCCAGACUGUCCUGGAGACGAACAUUUAGAGUGUGUGCAGAAAGUAUUCAGACCCCUUCACUUUUUUCACACUUUGUUAUGUUGCAGCCUUAUGCUAAAAUCAUUUAAAUUCAUUUUUUCCCCUUAUCAAUAUACACUUAACAUACCAUAAUGACAAAGCAAAAUCAGAAUUUUAGAAAUUGUUGUACAUUUAUUAAAAAGGAAAAACUGAAAUAUCACAUUGACAUAUGCAUUCAGACCCUUUGCUAUGACACCUGAAAUUUAGUUCAGGUUCCUCCCGUUUCCCUUGAUCAUCUUUGAGAUGUUUCUACACCUUGACUGAUGUCCCCCUGUGGUAAAUUCAAUUCAUUAGACAUCAUUUGGAAAGGCACAAACCUGUCUAUAUAAGGUCACACAGCUGACAAUGCGUGUCAGAGCAAAAACAAAACCAUGAGGUAGAAGGAACUGCCUGCAUAGC